GUUGCAAAGGUUCCCACACGGAAAACUGUAUCGGGUGAACGCACCACGGCACAGCUAACAGUAGAUAAAUAAAAAAACCGAGUGAUAAUAUGGCAGAGACUCAUAGUUUGCAUCCCAUUAGGCAACAGGCUGCAAUUGCUGCCAAAGUCUUCAUACAGAGGGAUUAUACUAAUGGCACUGUGUGCCAAUUUCAAACCAAGUUUCCUUCUGAGCUGGAAACCAGGAUUGACAAACAGCAGUUUGAAGAGACGGUGCGGAUGUUAAAUAACCUCUAUGCUGAGGCAGAGAAACUUGGAAGCCACUCAUAUAUUGAAGGUUGCCUGGCCUGCCUGACAGCUUAUACCGUGUUCUUGUGUAUGGAGACACAUUAUGAGAAGGUUUUAAAAAAGAUCGCCAAGUAUGUGCAGGAGCAGAACGACAAAGUGUACGCCCCCAGAGGUCUCUUGCUCACCGAUCCCAUCGAGAGAGGCCUUCGAGUUAUUGAGGUCACUAUCUUUGAAGAGAGAAGCCUGACUAGAUAAAAGUUUUCAAGGAUUUGCCUUCUGGGUGAAGCUUCUGCGUCAACUGCGACAACUCCCGCUUCCUCCCCAUCCAAAAGGACCUUGCACACCUGUACUCUCCUGCGUCUCAACAAUCGAUUCUAUCAGUCACACGCAGGCCAGUACUCUCGAUACUUUGCUCUUGUUUAGCAGUAAACGCCACUCAACAGCCUGGCUCACGAAUCUUGUCGUGAAACAGCGUUCCCCAAUUUGCACAAGAUCUUUUCAAUUAUCUUUUGUUUGCUUUUGGCUAGAGUUGUGCAAUUAUGACUCCUAUUUGAAGAAUGAAUCCAAAACCAACAUGCAACGUGACUUUUUUUUUUGUUUUUUUUUUUUUUUUGAUGACACUGAAAGUCUGUUCUCCAUUUCGUUUUGCUCCACAUUUUUAUGGUUACGUUUUGUAAUCUCUCCAAGGGUAACUGACAUGCUGAUUGUUGACAGACUCAGACAUUCCAGUCGCACUGCUAUAUUUUAUAAUCCUAAUAUUUUCUUUUUUUUUUUUGUUUUUAUUGCCUUGAUUAAUAAGUUGUAGCUCCCUGAACACGCAGUGCUUGCGCUCCGUGCAUGAAAUGCUCAAAUUAUUUGUAUACUGUGCCUUGCAGAGCGUUUGGCGACGGUGUCUAAUAAGAGUCAUUUGCUUAGUGUGAAUUUUUGUCGUCUGAAAUGUCAAAAGUGUGUGAUGACAGUGCCUGUUUUGUUGUUGCUGUUGUUAUUUUUAUUAUUAUCAUUAUUGGGUUAGGUUAGUCCUUAACCAGACCUAAAUUAUUAUCGUUAUUUUGUUUCCCCCCUGCCCCAAACUAUCCAACGAUGAUUUCAAUCUCUGCCUUUUUUUUUUUUUUUUGAUGAUGACAAGCACCAAAAAGCCAAGCAUCGAGCUUCCCGCUGAGGUGAAUAUACAUACAGUGCUUGAUAAAUGUAUUAGAUCAGGUUUCUGUCACACCUACCCUAAAUUAACAUUGAGAUUCCCGAAAAUCUUUUUUCCGUUUUCAUAAUGCUUCAUAUAUUAUAGAUGUUCUAUUAUUAUUAUUAUUAUAAUUAUUACUGUAUGUGAAAUGAUUGUUUAACCAAAGUGGUAUUUCCAGUGCUAAAAAAACGACAUGUAACAUAUUAUUUUGCAUUUAAAACAAUUGUGAAAAAAAAUCGCAAAGCUCAUUUUUAUGUAUUGCUGAAGAUUACAGUUAUUGAUUUGCAUUUCGGAACAGAAAAACAUCGUUGAAGGGUCGAAUGUCAUGCUUGAUUGAUUUUUGAUUUCCUUGAAAAGCCAAGUGAGCUGGCACAAAUAUUGG